ACUAAGCUAUGUUAUUGAAUGUACAAAGGUUAUUUUUACUAUUUAUUGUCGUAUUAUUCGAACAAAAUGUGUUUGGUGCAAAUAUCUUAGCCAUUAAUACGCUACUUUCCCCAAGCCAUCAUCUUUUCAAUGAUGUUUAUUUAUUCGAAUUGGCAAAAAAAGGACACAAUGUUACACUAUUGGGACACGAUAAGAACAAACACCAUUACGCCAACUAUACACAUAUCAUUAUGGAAGGAGCGUAUGAAAAAGUCAAAGAUCAGUUUGAUUUAAUGACAAUGAAAGAUAUGGAUGAUUGGGAAACAAUUAAAAGUAUGUGGACAUUUGCCGAGAUAACGUGUCUUUUAGAUCAAAAAACAGAAGGUUUGAAACAAAUAACAAAAUAUCCAAACGAUUUUAAAUUUGAUUUAAUUAUUGUGGAUGUAAGUUAUGGACAUUGCUUGUACCCUCUCAUAGAAAAAUUCGGAAACCCUCCUAUAAUAGGAGUGAAUCCAUUUAUAAAUCAGCCAAACCUGUUUAGAAAUAUUUGGCAAAGUUAUAUACCAUUUAUAACACACUCUUUUGGUGCGAAAAUAAGUUUUUGGCAAAAAUUAAAAAGCGUUGUCUUUAUGAUAUUGCUUGAAGUAACAAGGCUCACACAUUAUAUUCCCCGUCAGCAAGAACUAGCCGAAAACUAUUUCGGUCCAAUGAAAUCGAGUAUUUUAGAAAUUGAGAAAAAUAUGAGCUUAAUGUUGAUUAAUUACAACCCCAUUUUCAAUUAUGUCGAAGCUUUGCCUCCGAAUAUGAUCCCAAUUGGUGGUUUGCACAUUCAACCGAAGCGAUUACCUGAUGAUUUGAAAAAAAUUCUCGACAAUGAAAAAUCUGGUGCUAUUUUAUUUUCACUUGGCUCCAAUGUACGAUCGAAAGAAUUAGGGCAGGAACGAAUUCAAGCAAUUAUUAAAACUUUCUCAAAACUGAAACAAACUGUAAUAUGGAAAUUUGAAAAUGAUCAUUUGGAGGGACUUCCGAAAAAUGUGCAUGUACGAAAAUGGGUACCUCAAAAUGAUAUUCUCGGUCAUCCAAAUACAAUUCUUUUUAUAUCACAUGGAGGUUUGUUAAGUUCACACGAAAUCAUGUAUAAUGGAGUACCAGUAAUAGGAAUUCCUUUCUUCUUGGAUCAAUUACAAAAUGUUGAAACGUUUAUUGCAAAAGGUGUUGGGGAAAAAUUAAGUUUUUCUGAAAUCACAGAACACAAUUUGUUCAAUGUUAUACAAAAAGUAUUAAACAAUAGUUCCUACAUGGAAAACGCAAAAAAAUGGUCUUUGUUAUACAAAUAUCAAAUGAAUAAGCCUUUAGAUACUGCGAUAUUUUGGACUGAAUAUAUUUUAAAAUUUAAAACCGCAAAACAUUUAAAUUUAGCAACGAGAAACAUGAAUUUUAUAGAAUCAGUUAAUUUAGAUUUAGUGUUCAUAUUUCUACUUUUUCUUCUUUUAGUUGUAAUUAUUAUUUUCUGUACGAUAAAUUUGAUUUUCAAAUGCAUUAAAAGAAAAUAUGUAACAAAAAAACUGGAAAUCAAAAAACUCUUAUAAAAGUCGUUAUUUUUGCUAUCAUUAAAUAUAGCUACACUCGUAAAAUACAUAGUUAAUUUCAGCAUUAUUUUUUUGUUGUUUACAGGUUUACACGCAGUAAAAUAUUAUUGUGUUCCCAAAUUAUAUGUUUGGUGCGCGUGGUAACCUCGAAAAUAAUAAUUAACAAGUUUAAUUGUACAAAAAUAUGUGCAAAGUCAAACUAUCUCACACAAGUUAAAAAAAAUCUAUUUAUUUUUUAUUGAUAGUGUAAGUAGGUACAAUUGAUUUAUAUACCUAAAUAUUUAUGUACAUUAUGAUAUGAAUAUUAAGAUAAAUAAUUUAUUAGAUAUACAUAACAUAAUUGUAUUACAAAA